CUCACACUGCUCUGUUAUAGUAAAGUGCUGAUUUACUGAUAAACCACCCUGAAUUGUUUCCAUCAUCUGGAGCUGUGCAGGUUGAUUUUCUCCGGACAAACACUGUGGAUAAACUGACCAUUUCUGAGGAAACCUCUCAUUUUAUCAGACACACUUACACAUGUGAUGUGUAUGGCAUGGAGCAAUUUCCUGGCAACACCCCGAGACUCAGUCUGUGGAGGAGCAUGCUGAGUUCAACUGCUGGUUUCCUCAUCCACUGCUCAGAUCUUUAAGUCAUCAGAGGUGAAUAGCACGAUCACUGUAUCUCACUGAGAGGGAAAUGGAUAUUUUUAGAUGUUUAGAAUGAGCCUUAUUUUGUAAAUACACUGUGACUUUUAGCAGCUAUGGUGGACAUGUGGUCUCCUACAUUGAACAUUGGUACCUGGACAUUGAUGAGCCUCCUCAGUGUCUUUUCUUAUGAGGUGACAGUCAAGAACUCGGAUCUGAAGCGGUGUGAAGACGACAACAUGGUGUGUGUGACCAACCUCAGAGACUGUGGCCCUCCACCGCCUUCAUAUAUACAGAAGACUCUGAACAUGUCGUGUUACUGCAACGCGUCAUACACAUACCUGACUUGUGAGCUGAGUGAGAUGAACAGCCUCAUUGAGCCUGACAUCGCUUUCAUCUUCAGGAGUAUGAAAAGAAUCUUCUCCUGCAAGGGCAUCUUCAACCCUUCAGGCGCCUUCAACAUAACAGCCAGGAUGAGGAACUACAUAAUGGGGACUGAGAUCAGAUCCCAGCCUCACACUGUGAAUUUAUAUGAGUCAGUCAAACCCUCUGAGCCUGUGUUAACUGUGCUCGGCUCCGAUGACGUCUCUGUUGCUGUGUCUUGGAAAAGCAGCAGUGACGGCAGCUGUCGGCUUCGCUACAGAGUCAACGACACUCAGACGUGGUCUCAGCCUCCAGAUUUUCUCCGUGUGCCUCGAGAUAAGGAGCUGGUCCACACGGUCAAAGACCUCCUGCCGUUCACCGUCUACAGAGCAGCUGUGGCCUGCAGGAGGGACGAGUCCGGCAUCUGGAGCAACUGGAGCCCUGACGUCACCGUGACGACGCUGGAAAGAGUGCCCUCCAGGCCUCCAGAGGUGUGUUACAGAGUGGAGAGAAACGACUCUGGUGAAUCUCUGCUCCUUCAUCUCAUGUGGAAGGGUCUUGACCUCCAUGAGGCCAGAGGUCGUAUCCUUGGAUACCAGGUGAGCUAUGAGCCCGUGACAAUGCGACAUCUGCAGGACAGGUUGAUUCGAAACGUCACAGGGGUGAUGGACACCCUGGUGGUGGAGGAGGGGAACUACAGCGUCACCGUCACAGCCUUCAACGCGGCCGGCUACGGACCUGCUGCAAAUCUCAGCAUUGACACACACAGACAGAACAAUCUUCUGUCAGUCAGAAACUUGUGGGUUUCCAGUUCUUUCCCAGCUGUCAAAGGCCUUCAGGUCCAAUGGGAGAGCCCCACAGCCCCGCCCUCUGUCUUACCUGUCAGUCAUUUUGUUGUUCAGUGGCACUCUGAGACACGUCCCUCCACCAGCCGCUGGUCCCCAGGAGACCGCUUCAACACCUCCAUAGAAGAUGUCGACCCUGAUGACUCUUACAUGAUCAGUGUGUUCCCCAUCUACAAGCAGCAGUGUGGAUCCCCUCGGUCUCUGCCUGCCAGUCUGCAGCACGGAGCUCUGAUGGCGGCCGUCGACCUGGACGUCGUUAAGGUGACCAAAACACUGGUGACAGUUGAGUGGUCGUGGCAGAGGAAGUCUGGAGUCAGAGUGAACAGAUACAGUGUGAUACUGAGGAAAAAGUCAGACAGACAAAAUACAGAGACUGUUGGAGCUGUGACUCUGUGGCCGGACCAAAGGCAGCACACCUUUCCCAACCUGAAACCUCACACUGAGUAUUCUCUUUUCCUAUUGGCUGACAAUUUUUCCAGCUACGACUUCUCCAUCACAACAGAUUUUGAUGAGGUUCCAGUGGUGGCGACAGCCACUCCUCUGCUGCUGCUGCUGGCUGUCACUGUGUUAGUCAUCAGCAUCCUGUCCAGGACUGUGUACAAGUCGUACUUCUUCCCCUUCAUCUCCAGCCCUCAGGACAGCACGACCGGCCAGUGGCUGAUGGACCCCAACCACCAGAAAUAUGCAGAGGGAAACAUCCUGGAUAUCAAAGACUUCCAGGUGACGGACGUACUCGGAGAGAAAGGCAUCAUCGUGGUCAGACCAAACUCCGACCUGCAUGAAGACACCUCUCUGCUGCCACUCAGUCACCUCAUCGUCAAACUGUCCACCCUCGACCUGGACACGGAGUACGUCUCUGAGGCUGCGCUAACCACGGAGCACCAGCUCCAGUCCUUCCAUCCUGACUACGCUGUGAACUGCCAUCAUCCUGAGGGAGGGGUCGUAUCUGAGGAGAGGCAACAGCCCGACGCUGCUCUGCUGCAUCAGGUGCAUGAAACAGACGGUUGGUUUCCUCGUAAAGAGGAAGGGACCAGGCAGCAUGACCUUUCUCAGAAGUUACAUCAGAACACCGUGAAACAUUCUUUUAGUGAAUUCAGGGCCAACGCAGACAGUGGCGGUGUUAAUCAGAUGACCUGUGAUGCAGAUUAUCUGAUGAACUCUUCAUUUCUGGGGAAAACUGGUGUUGAAAAAGUGACUGGACAGACAGACUCCUCUUAUCUGAUGUGUGAGACUGACUACAUAGCAAGCAGCUGCUUUGCUGCAAAAAUUCCAGAUGUAGACAGAGCCAGUGUUGCAUGCUAGGUCAUCGACAUCAUUAGAAAAAUAGGAUCAAGAGGCUGUAGCUACGCUAGCGACCUCUUGUGGCUGUUAACAUUCAUUAACAGCCUCUAAAAGUGUCUUUGUAUUUAUCUGGACUCACUGUCAGUCUGAUCAGACUCAGUUUUGCUUAGCGUAGGACGAUAGAAUAGGAUGCUAACAAGCCUACAGUUAGCAUGUUGUUGGUGUGUUAAUGCUAAGAUAAUGUUGGAUGCUAGCUUGUUAGCUUGACUAUCAUGGCAUCUUGCAUAAAGUGGACUAGAGUGAAUCAUCUAUAAUGUAUACAGAUUGCAUGUCAACAUGCUAAUGUUAAGUAUGUAUUUUUUAUCGUGUUAGCAUGUUAACAUGCAUAGGCUUUAUUUACUUCAUCAACAUGUUUGUCAUAAUGUUGCUAUAAACAAGGAGAAUUACAAAUAUUAGGCAACUUAAAAGGUCCAAUUUUUUCUUCUUCUUCUGUGUUUUAUUUUGAAGUGUUGAUCCAGAAGAAGAUAUAUUUGUGGUUUUAAGAACC